AUGGUAAGGCACCAAGCCAGGAGCUGCGACGCCGCCGCCCGCUCCUCCUCCGCCCGCCUCCGCACCGCCGCCUCUGCAGCGAGGGCCGCUGCCGUGGCGUACGCGGGCACGGGCGCGGCCUCAGCCGCCUCGAGACUCGACCCAGCUGGCUGCUCCUGCGCACGCGGCUCCUCGAGCGCUUCAAGCGAGACUGUGCUGGAGGAGCUCGAGAGCGAGGAGGAGUGGGAGAAGGAGGCGGCGGCGCAGGCGGCGGCGUCCGCCUCCAGCUCUUCCCUAGGCCGCUUUGAGCCCGCCGAGGCGACAAGCUGCGAGCCCAACGCGCUGCGCCCCUCCUCCUCCAGCACCGCCGCGCCCCACCCAAAGCGAAGCGUCGACUUCUCCACGGGGCUCGGCGCACGCGCCCUCGGCAUGCACGGCGCCGACGACAGAACCAUCCAAUACGCCGACUCCGACGCCGAGUGGCGACACGGAGGCCCGAUAUCACCACGAGCUUUGCGGCGGGACGCCUCUCAACAAGUAUUGCAGCUAGACAGCGAGGUCGCCGCCUCGGGCGACGCGACCGCACCUAAGACGUCGUACGACACAACGAUGCCACCCGACGGAAGGGAUGCACUGGCGGACUUUGCGUCUGCUUGCGAGGGCAAGGGCAGAGCGUGGCGCGCCGAAGGCGACGCCGCCGUGCGACUCGAGUGGCGGGAAGCCAAGACCAUGAACGCAGACGGAGCUGGGGUCGAGCCGUGGAACACGGCAGAGCACGACAAGGCAGUCCACGGCCCAACGCCCGAAGGCGGGACGACGAACCCGAUGGAGAGCGAGCCGCCAGUGAGUGAGACGUACGACGACGAGGGAGACGACGAGAAAGACGAGAACGCCUCGGCGGACGACGAAAUGGCCUUUAUCGACGAUGAGUUCUUCGAGCUCCCCGACGCAGCAACGGAGGAAGGGGCGGAGGGCGGGGGGAGCCAGAGUCAGUACAGCCAACAGAGUCAUUCAUGGACCGACUGA